GCUUUGCACAGCUCGGCCACGGCAAAAUGGCGGAAAUGUCUGAUGGUCUGGUAAAUUACUGUAGACUUUAUUUUAUUUUAACUCCACAUUUUGCAUAUUAUAUUCAAAAUCAGUAUGCCUUUCGAUGAUAUAAUUUUUUAUAAGUCCAGAAACUUGGAGGAGAGAGUGAUAGAAAAUGCCGAAAGGUGGGAAGAAAGGAUUGUGGAAUAAAAGUAUUAAAACACAAACAGAUGUGACUUUGAAUGACUUUGCAAACAGUAAGAUUUUAACUGAAAGGCUACGGAAGCCAGCUUUACAUUCCUUUGCGAGAGAAGUAAAGCAGUUUCGCACUUCAGAAGAUAAAUCGUGGUACGAAAAGGAUCUUGAAGAGUUUGAUUCUGAGGAACAAUGUGUUAAAAAUGAAGAAGUGGAGACAUUUUCUACUGAGCCUGCUGGUACUCAGAGAGAAAAAAAAUCAAAAGAGGAAAAAUGUGGUUGUUAUUAUCCCCUGGACAUUUGGUUUAUCCUCUCUGAAUACAUUCAUCCAGAAGAUGUUGCUACUUUUGCUGCCUUAUGUAGUAGUGCUUACUUUGUAGUACGCACCUACAAAUUUUGGAUAAGCAUCUAUAGAAGAUAUUAUAAGCCUGAAAUAUCUCUGCCAGAAGCUCUUCAACCAACAAAUAUUGACCGCCCAUAUUGUCUCCGUGCUUCUGUGAUCAGAUCCUUGUAUUACAUGUAUCCGCCUUUUACCAAAAGACUCUUACCUGUCCAUAGCACUUCAGUUGAUGAAAAAUUAUAUAGGUUAAAUUGGGCACGUUGCAUAUCUUUGUGGAGAGUAAAACAGGGCAGCAAAUGGGUCUUUUAUUUUAAAUUUGUUUUGAAAGACAGAUGCCUGAAUAAUUCAAAUGGUACUUCUGUUAAUUCUCAGAUAAUAAAUAAAAAAGUCAAAAAUGGCUGCUGGAUGAGUAGGGCAUCUUCAGACCUUUCUGAAUUAAUUGAAAAUGUAAACAUUAACUGCGAAGAAGGUUAUUGUGUACUUUGUAUGAACUGCCAGCACUUUAUUGCGACUCCGCCUUCAGUAAUGGGCUGUCAUUUAGCAGAAAUCCGCGUCAGUCUUAGUCGAGACAUGAGAAACCAUCGCAUUCAACUAGGAUUUACUAGCAGAAGCUACCAAUGCAGUAGUAAAGGGAAAUCCUUUAUGUCUGGUGUUGUACUAGACUUUGAUUCUGUAGAAAUGGUUCAAGUUUUCAACUGGUGGCAUCCUCGGUAUCCUGCAUGGAAAGCUUCUUAACAAUAAAUAUUGACAUUAAUGUGUUUGAUCAUUAAAAAGUGGUACGUCAACUAUAAACCUUACUUUAGGUAUUACUUACAGUUAAGAAAUAGAACAUUUCCUGAACUUCUAAGCUU